CGUGGCUGACGUGGCGGGGGCGUGGCCGACCUUCAUUCACUAGCGCGCUGCCGGGCCGCCAUUUUCUCAGUCUGCGAGGAGAGGCGGACACGGGACAUUCUACUCCGAGCAGCCAGGGUCACCGAGCACGGACACCCCGAUAUCAGAAUGCUGACAGUCCGCGUAGCCGCCAACCUCGCCCGCACCCUGCCCCGGCAGGCCGGCCUGGUGAGUGCUCAGCCCCUGCCUGUCCUCCGCCGCCGCCCGGUCUGUGAGUGCUGUCAGUGCGGCCUGCGGUCACUGUGUGCGCCCACCCCACCUGGGAGCAGCCGGCCGGGGCCUGGCCAGCACGGGGGCCCUGCAGUGUGAGCACCGCCCGCUCCCCGGGGUCAGCCUCCCCGCUGGGGCCUAGCGCACCCUCCGUGUCCUGUGAAGGUCAUACCGGCACACGCUGUCACAGUGACUGCAGGCCGGAACCUCCAUCCCCUCACUGACUGACACAAUGUACUAACAUCGCCACGGUACCCAGCGGCGAUAUAUCCCCUCACUGACUGACACAAUGUACUAACAUCGCCACGGUACCCAGCGGCGAUAUAUCCCCUCACUGACACCACUGAGUGACACAGCGAGGACAUGUACUAACAUCGCCACUGUACACGGCGGCGAUAUAUCCCCUCACUGACUGACACAAUGUACUAACAUCGCCACGGUACCCAGCGGCGAUAUAUCCCCUCACUGACUGACACAAUGUACUAACAUCGCCACGGUACCCGGCGGCGAUAUAUCCCCUCACUGACACCACUGAGUGACACAGCGAGGACAUGUACGAACAUCGCCACUGUACAAUGCGGCGAUAUAUCCCCUCACUGACUGACACAAUGUACUAACAUUGCCACGGUACCCAGCGGCGAUAUAUCCCCUCACUGACACCACUGAGUGACACAGCGAGGACAUGUACUAACAUCGCCACUGUACAAUGCGGCGAUAUAUCCCCUCACUGACUGACACAAUGUACUAACAUCGCCACGGUACCCAGCGGCGAUAUAUCCCCUCACUGACACCACUGAGUGACACAGCGAGGACAUGUACUAACAUCGCCACUGUACACGGCAGCGAUAUAUCCCCUCACUGACUGACACAAUGUACUAACAUCGCCACGGUAUCCAGCGGCGAUAUAUCCCCUCACUGACUGACACAAUGUACUAACAUCGCCACGGUAUCCAGCGCCGAUAUAUCCCCUCACUGACUGACACAAUGUACUAACAUCGCCACGGUAUCCAGCGCCGAUAUAUCCCCUCACUGACUGACACAAUGUACUAACAUCGCCACGGUAUCCAGCGGCGAUAUAUCCCCUCACUGACUGACACAGCAAGGACAUGUACUAACAUCGCCACGGUACCCAGCGGCGAUAUAUCCCCUCACUAACUGACACAGCGAGGACAUGUACUAACAUUGCCACGGUACCCAGCGGCGAUAUAUCCUCUCACUGACUGACACAGCGAGGACAUGUACUAACAUUGCCACGGUAUCCAGCGGCGAUAUAUCUCCUCACUGACUGACACAGCAAGGACAUGUACUAACAUCGUCACGGUAUCCAGCGGCGAUAUAUCCCCUCACUGACUGACACAGCAAGGACAUGUACUAACAUCGUCACGGUAUCCAGCCGCGAUAUAUCCCCUCACUGACACAGCAAGGACAUGUACUAACAUCGUCACGGUAUCCAGCGGCGAUAUAUCCCCUCACUGACUGACACAGCAAGGACAUGUACUAACAUCGUCACGGUAUCCAGCCGCGAUAUAUCCCCUCACUGACACAGCAAGGACGUGUACUAACAUCGCCACGGUAUCCACCGGCGAUAUAUCCCCUCACUGAGUGACAGACCGGGCUGCUCUCACUGUGACCCCGGUGUCAUGGCAGCCGAGCCCUUUAAAUCAUAAAAUAUCUUUCAUCCCUGUGUGCCCUGUGCUGAUAGCUAGUGUUCACAUAUUGCUGGCUUAUUAUUUAUCAUUUGAAAGCAGACUUCUGCAUUUAAUUCACUUUAUAAUUUAGAAAGCCAAUGGACUUCAGUCUACUACUAAGGGUUUAAUUGUCUUUAUUUUGGUUAAAUGCUUUGUUACCUUUAGCACCAGUCAUACCUCAUUUGUGGUUCUUUGUAAAAUGGAAAUGUUAGGACUAUAGGUAUUUGCUAGGCUUUCUACAAGAAAAAUCUUGCAAUAGUCUAGUACUUUUAUGCUUACUUUACUUGAUUUCACCUGCAGCUGCUCACUUCUUGAUUUACAUGUGUGACUGCAAUCUUAUAAUCAGUGUAACUUUUACUAUUUUUAACUAUAUAUAAACUUGACUGAAGCUAAAUGUUGUCUUCCAAUUUACACUUGUGGCACAAUAAUUUACUUGUCCAGUUUAGUUUUCUUUAACAAUUUGUGCCCUUGAUUGGUGUCCUUGACACUUAUGGACUUUAAGGUUUUGUUUUAUGCCGUCAAUAACUUUCAAAGCUUGUGAGUUAGCUAGUUCCUAUUUGACUAAAUGUCUAGUAAUGAGCAAAUGCUUUAACUAAUUUUUCACAUUUUGUUGCAGGUUUCUAAGAAAGCCCUUGGUGCUGCUUUUGUUGCAACUAGAAAUCUCCAUGCAUCAGGGGUGUGGAUGCAGAAGACUGGUAAGGGGUCUAAUUUAUUUUUCCUAUUAACAUUACCUGUUACUUUCCAAGUCAAGGAAGUGGGAGUUGUGCUUAGUGUCUGAAGACUUGCAUAAUAGAUUUAAGGAUAUCCUUAAUGUCUCACUUAUAUCAGGCACUGACCUUGGCAAAGCUACAUUACAGUACUUGUUGAUGUCAUCUGUUUUAACGUUUACUCGUAUCUACUUGUCUCUAUAUAUUGUCAAAUGACUUGAUUGUCUAAGUGUAGCAUACCAGGAAUUCAGUCUCUUAUGUUAUUGAUGCAAUUUUUGCCAUAGGCACUGCUGAGGUAUCCUCCAUCCUUGAAGAACGCAUCCUUGGAGCUGACACCAGCGCUUCAUUGGAGGAGACUGGGAGAGUACUUUCCAUUGGGGAUGGUAUUGCUCGUGUCUAUGGCCUCAGGAAUGUCCAGGCUGAGGAGAUGGUGGAAUUUUCCUCAGGACUAAAGGUAGUUUUGGGAGUUUUGUUUUAAUUUUUAUUUAAGUUUAAGUUGUUUUUUUCUCAUUGAGCAUUUUGAACAUCUUCAGUACUGUUUGGAGCAUAUUGUAAAUUUUUUAUUUUUUUUCUCACCAAACCUUUCUUAUUUGGAAAAUCAGCAUUUUCACAUUCAAUUGUUUCAUGCUUAGAUUUGUCUAACUUUCUCAUGUGUAAAGUGCACACUCAGGUGAACUGCUUCUACACCAGGAUAUGUUCCAAUUAGGAGUCUUGCAAUCUUAUCCUGUGUAUUCCCUGUCCAACUAUGGUAUAAGGCUAUAAAUCACUUAUCUCAUCCUACAGUACUGUAUAGGAACUUUUCAACAAACUGACAGAUGUCAGAACUGCUAUCAGUCUAUUUAGGCUUGUUCUGUCUGUUCUAGAAUUCCAUGGUCUGUGCAUAUGCUGUCUGUGACUCAGGUUUCUGUAUAGAGAUGGGGGCAGUGUGCACGUUGCAAGAAUUAAGCCUUUAGUCCCAAGAUAAUUGUUAUUGAAAAGAGAAACAGUCUAGACACAAAUCACUUCAGAUUUAGGUGGUAGUAUUCUGUAAUACUAGAGUUGGAAUGCCUACAAGUGAUUUGUGGCUGGACUGUUUUCAAUAAUCAUUAUUUUGGGACUAGAGGCUCAAUUCUUGCAAUGUGCACACUGUACACACUGCAACCAUCACACCCAUGUCCUGUAACAUUAAGUUAAAUCUUACUCUCCUAUUUCCAGCACCGGGACUCCUGUGCAGCUUCCAGCUCCACCUCCCAUAUCGGCAAGCAUGCUGUCACCUGCAGUCUUGUAAAAUUAAUGCUUCUCACAGAAAUAUUGAAUUGAAGAGUGCAGGAGUGGCAAAACGGUUUGCUCCUCAAAUCAAAUGCUACAAUCGACUGCAUUUGAUUGGAGGAAAGUUUUACUGUUAUGCCAUUAAAAGGACAUUAGUAACCAGAACAAUUUCAGCUUAUUGUAUACUGAUGAGUAGUGUCUCUUCCGGCUUUUUGCAGUAAAUACUGUCUUUUUAGAGAGAAUGCUGUUUAUAUUACAGCCUAGGGAUUCAUCCACUAGUCACUCCUCAUAUGGCUACUAUAGGUGCUUCCUGGGGCAGUGUUGCAUAAUGAGCAGCACUGUCAUUCAGUGUCUCCACCCUCUCAUGGAGACACAGAACUUCCCCAUAGAGAUGCAUUGAGGGGAAGCAGGGAGCCUAGAUGGUGUUUUUAACAUUAAGGUCUGGAAUACAGGUUUGUGUUACUGACCCUGUAGUUUAAUAUAAACAUUGUCGUUUUUUUUUUUUGUUUUUUACAAAAUGGGGGAAAUUUUUUUUAAUUUAAGGAUUAAAUGUCCAGGAUCACUGCACCCAGACGACUUCAUUGAGAUGUGGUCUGUGUGGCCUUAGUAGUCCUUUAACCCCUUAAGGACCAAACGUAUGGAAUAAAGGGGAAUCCUGACAUGUCAUGUGUCCUUAAGAGGUUAAGCACCAUAACAACUUGGCUUUGAAUGUUGAUGGUGCAGAUAAUGUUCUGUACAGUGAGAAUUGCUUUUAAAUACACCAAUGGUUUUAUUUUUCUCAAUUGUUCGAGCCCCUCAGCUGUGAAUCAAGGAGCCAGGAUUCUGCUGUAUGCUACAAUGUGUACUUCAGGUUAUUAAGGUUCCCUUAAAUUUGAAAGUUUAAAAUUUUUCUUUUUACAAUUUUCGUGAUUUCCAUCUAACGUUGCUUAAAUGACUGCUAAAUUCACCCAGACCACUAUAUCUGAGCUUUAGUAGUAGUCCUCAAGGAGUUAAUUCUACCUUAUUUAUUAUACUUUGUAAAGUGCCAUCACAUUCUGCAAAGCUGUUCAUGGCUACAAUGGUACAAGUAAAAAGGCACAAUACAAUAUAACCAAGACAAUACAAAAGUUGAUAAACUAAUACAGCAGGAGAUGAGGGUCCUGCUUUCUGUGGGACCUUGCAAUCUCGAUGGAAUGGGGGGCAUUGAGAAACUAGAGGUGAGGCCUGCAAAGAUGAGAAUGUAAUAGUGAGAUGAGUGCAUUUAUUGGGUAAGUGGAAUGCAUAGUUGAGUGUUGGUCUUCUCUGAACAAUGUCUUUACAGAUAGUUUAUAGGAAGGCAGACUAGGGGAUGGACUGAAGAGGGUAGAGGAAGGCCAGGUAGGUUAUUGUAGUAGUCAAGGCUAGAAAUAAGGUAGUGGAUGAUUUCCUCAGUGGUAUCAGAACUUUGGAGCAGACAAAAUGGGGGUGGGGGGAGAUCUAGAUGGUUGUGGCAGAAGUUAAAAAAGUGUAGUCACCCUCACUCUCUAGAUGGCAACAUGUGGUAGUCCAACCUUAGGGUAAUCCCCCAAAGGUAUAAACACUUGUGUUCAUUUUCAGUUAGCUUGCAGAAAUAAAGCUAAUUAAUAGAAUUUUUUUUCUGUUUAGUAUUGUGCUUUUGAGACUUCAGUGCCUUCUAAUUUUCCACAGGGCAUGUCCUUGAACUUGGAGCCUGAUAAUGUUGGUGUUGUGGUGUUUGGAAACGACAAACUCAUCAAGGAAGGUGAUAUUGUGAAGAGAACUGGGGCUAUUGUAGAUGUACCUGUAGGUGACGAACUUCUUGGUCGUGUUGUUGAUGCUCUGGGUAACGUCAUUGAUGGAAAGGUAUGUGUAACUAUUGCUGUGGCAUGUUUCUAAUUCAGAAGUAGCAGUUGCCUAGUAUAUAAUGGAGAACUGAUGGUGGAGUAGUACAUUUAGUACUUAAAAUGUCUUUUUUAAAGGGUCCACUUGGAGCCAAAAUCCGUAGAAGAGUGGGUCUGAAGGCGCCAGGCAUCAUUCCACGCAUUUCGGUAAAGGAGCCUAUGCAGACUGGUAUCAAGGCUGUGGACAGUCUGGUGCCAAUUGGUCGUGGCCAGCGUGAGCUGAUUAUUGGUGACAGACAGACUGGGUAAGCUUGUUGCAUUUUAAGCUGUUGAGGGUAUUGGGAUGCUAGUGAUCUGCUAUGCUUUAUUUUAUUUUUAUUUUCAGUAAAACAUCCAUUGCCAUUGAUACAAUUAUCAACCAGAAGAGAUUUAAUGAUGGAACUGAUGAGAAAAAGAAACUGUACUGUAUCUAUGUUGCCAUUGGUCAGAAGAGGUCCACAGUGGCUCAGCUCGUCAAGAGGCUAACUAAUGCAGGUACUUUGCACUGUGCUCUAUUUAAUAACCUCUGUUUUAAUCACUGAAGUGUUCACAAUGGUACUGUAAGCAUAAAUAUAAGCUGUUUCCCAAACUAUUUUGGCUUACAUUUUGCACAGCUAUCUUUGUAGUGAAUAAGCCCAUUAGUCUGAUACUGAAGUGACUUAAUGAAUAAUUGCAUGCACAGUUUCUAACAUGCAAAAUGCAGGCAAUGUUUGUGUCUCUGGUUUUGGAUUUUAGUAUUACCAGACAAUUUAAAAGUAAUAAAGGUCUAUAAAGAUAUGGUUAUUUCUAUUGUAUACAUGUAUUGCAUUAUUGUGGAAAGCAAACCCACCCUGCAAUAUCUUCUUGAUGUCUUAUCUUUAUUCUUUACACCUUGUAGAUGCCAUGAAGUACACCAUUGUGGUAUCUGCCACUGCAUCUGAUGCUGCUCCCCUGCAAUAUUUGGCUCCAUACUCUGGGUGCUCUAUGGGAGAGUAUUUCAGAGACAACGGGAAACAUGCUUUAAUCAUCUAUGACGAUUUAUCGAAGCAGGUACAUUUCCGGAGUUUUACCUUUUGCUCUGUCCCCAAUAUCAAUGACUAUCUAAAACUGACUUCUGGCUGAGAACAAUGUUGAAUAGCACUUGCUAGCGAACAAAAUUUUAGCUACUUUAUUUUAAAGCACCCUUGCUAUGUAGGCCUGGCAGCCACCUUUACAACUGAACUGCGGCUGUGCACUGAGUUACUACUGCAAAUUUGCUGGUCCUGAAUAUUCAAUCUGGCACUCUGAGAUGCCUGCCGAUUCAGGUGGCACUUGGCAUAAGUAGCAAAAAUUUAACACCGUUGUAGGAUGGUGCAGACUACUGUGGUCAAACAAGUAGACCUAUGCCCGUAAUAUAUAUCUGGCCAGGCCUACUAUGUAAAUUAAUCCUCUUUAUAAGUAAAACAUGGUAACUUUUCUGGAAUUUCUUGACUCUUUAAUCCCUUGCAAUACAGAAUUUAUCGAUUUUUGCAAAGUGUUAAUUUGUUUUUACCCUACAAAUAGGAAUGGCUAGCAACUCCAAUACAAACGUUUAUUGGUCCCACAACUAUUGCUCACAGAUCUGUUUAAUCCACAGGCUGUAGCCUAUCGGCAGAUGUCUCUGCUGCUGCGUCGUCCUCCUGGUCGUGAGGCUUAUCCUGGUGAUGUCUUCUAUCUUCACUCCCGUCUUCUAGAAAGAGCAGCUAAAAUGAAUGAUCAGUUUGGUGGUGGAUCCCUGACUGCUCUUCCUGUAAUUGAAACCCAAGCUGGAGAUGUGUCUGCUUAUAUUCCAACCAAUGUCAUUUCCAUUACUGAUGGACAGGUGAAAUGGCACUUUAUUAAUUUGACGUGAUUUUAUUGGGUUGUUUUGGUUUUUAGAAUUACUAACUGUUUAUUUUUAUUUAGAUUUUCUUGGAGACUGAGCUGUUCUACAAAGGUAUCCGACCUGCCAUCAAUGUUGGACUGUCUGUGUCCCGUGUAGGUUCUGCUGCUCAGACCAGAGCCAUGAAACAGGUAAAUGGUUACUUGUCUACAAAGGGUUGUCACAAAGCAAUUAAUCGUUGAUGUCCAACUCCAGUGUUGAAUAUAGAUUUUCCCCUGGCAAUCCUUAAUGUAGUUCAUACAUAGGGCAGUGUGCACAUUUGAUUACAUCCCUGCAUUAAAUCAGAGUACCAUUAAUGCUCAUUGCAUCUCUUUUAAACGUGCUGGGUAAACUUAUACAUUAGAAUAAAUUGUGAUGUGCUUGCAAGAGUUGGGCAUACAGAAACAGAAGGUGCUUACAUUCUAGUCUUCCGAAGGUUAAGCACAUAUGAGUAGAGAUGAAAGUGCUAAUGUUCAAACCACUAGACAUACUGAAUCCUAUGUGUAAUUGAGCUGUUGCUCUGCAGUUAGCAGAGUAAGAGUAAAGCGCUUACCCAACAUUCUGCUUUGCCUUUAUCUGAAUGUUUGUGAUGUCAGAUGGGGUGGGCCAUAAAUUUAUUGAUUAACUAUUUUACCAGGAAGGAUACAUUGAGAUUUCUCUCAUUUUUAAGUGUCCUGGGUAGACUGGUUAAUAUAUAAUGCCUGGUCACCUUUUUGUUUUUGAACGAAUAGUUAACACACCCAAAAGAUUCACUGCAAUCCGCAUGUGCAACUUCCUUGAGGGGAAGGUACAGAAAAGUCCCCCUCUACUUAAAACUUGCAGUUUAACUACAACUGCUAUAUAUUUGUGCCAUGAUACACUUUAGACUGAACAUUGCUGUAGGAAGCGUGAUAUUCUAGUUCAACCACUUUGAGAGCUUAGUGCAGAAUAUGCAAAGCCUAGAUAUUUGAAGCUAAUGGUGUGUAUUGUAUUCUCAAACUGGAGCAUAGCUUUUUAGUUUUUUAAAAUAGUCUAUACAGUUAUGAUGUGAUUAAAAGUAACUGGUCUGGAAAUAGAAAUGUCAGUUAAAUAUGUAAAAUAAAUCAGAUUUAGGAAACAAUGUCAUUGAGCAAGCUUCAUUAUAUGGUGUCCUGUUGCUCAUACAAUGAUCUACUCUACAGGUGGCUGGUACCAUGAAACUGGAGUUGGCCCAAUACCGUGAAGUUGCUGCUUUUGCCCAGUUUGGUUCUGAUUUGGAUGCUGCCACUCAACAGCUUCUGAACCGUGGUGUGCGUCUGACUGAGCUGCUGAAACAAGGACAGUAUGGUAAGACAUUUAAUGUUAAUCGGACAGUACCACUACCACUUGCUGAAUAUUUGUGCUAUUUACCAUCACAACAGUAGUGAUACUUACAAUAUUGGUCAUUUUAGAAAGAUUUAAUAUUUAGGAUAAGCAGGCUUGUCUGGUUUUUGAUAUCCUCUAAUUUGUUCUAUUCUAUUCUCUCCAGUGCCCAUGGCCAUUGAGGAGCAGGUAACUGUUAUCUAUGCUGGAGUCAGAGGUCACCUGGACAAAAUGGAACCAAGUAAAAUCACCAAAUUCGAGAGUGCUUUCCUUGCCCACAUUAAGAGUCAACACCAGGAACUCCUUGCCACCAUCAGGUACAAAAAUGCCUGAUUUUGUUGGGCUUCAUAGUUACGUGUGUAAUGAGAGCACUCUGUGUAUUUUCAAUAAAUCACUUUGUUUUCAUUGGAUCUAUGCAGUUUUAAUACAUGAAGACAUUUAUUGUAAAUAGAGUGCUCUCGUUUUUUCCACUGGAAUGUUCACAACACUUUUUUUUUCUCCCCUUGUGUUUUGACAUGAAUUACUUCUAUUUCUUCCAGGACUGAAGGAAAGAUCUCUGAACAGACAGAUGUCAAGCUGAAAGAACUUGUAAUAAACUUCCUCUCUACAUUUGAAGCAUAAACGUCAACCAUCACUAUUUUUUUGAUUUCAUUGUUCAUACUUUUCCCAGGUUCCAUUCUAGAUAAACUUAUUAAAGCAUUUGUGCUUUUUCUGUACAAAGGUUUCUCUUAAGAGAAUAAAAUGUCCCAUGAAAAAUCU